UGUCUGAUGGAGGGAGAGCUGCCGUUCUGAUCAAACGCAGUUUAGGAGCUCAAUGUACUGUGUGUGCUGUUCCCCCCACCUCUCCUAGAGUGAAUCUGGCGGAUAUCAAGGGAGGAAGGACAGCUCUAAUUGGUUUCUCAAUGAAAGAUAAUCACCUAUUCCCAGCAGAGGGUUCGGAUUAGCACUCAGCAUCUUCUCUCCACUGAUUUCAGAUUUCUCUGCCUCCGUUUACAGCCCAUUCAGCAGUAAGUGGAUCGAAGAAAGCUGUUCACCACCCAUUAGUGGCAGCAGAUCUCCUGCUCACUUAUUUAGAAGCUUCAUUCACUCAGCGCUCGCCUUCCCUGCUGCUGCUGCGGGCUAACAAAGUUAGCAAAGGUUGGAAAAUGAGCGAGCUGGAAGGGGACUUUGCCAAGAUUUUGCAGCUGAAGGAAGAGAGAAUUAAAGAGUUGGAGAAGCGAUUGUCAGAGAAGGAAGAGGAGAUCCAGGAACUGAAAAGAAAACUGCACAAAUGCCAGUCAGUGCUGCCAGUACCUACCACCCAUAUCGGACCCCGCACCACCCGGGCACAGGGCAUCUCCGCGGAACCCCAGACCUACAGGUCUUUCCACGACCUCAGACAGGCAUUCAGGAAAUUCACCAAAUCGGAAAGGUCCAAGGAUCUAAUAAAGGAGGCAAUCCUUGACAAUGACUUCAUGAAGAAUCUAGAACUAUCUCAGAUCCAGGAGAUUGUGGAUUGUAUGUAUCCAGUGGAAUAUGGGAAAGACAGUUGCAUCAUCAAAGAAGGAGAUGUGGGUUCACUGGUGUAUGUCAUGGAAGAUGGAAAGGUUGAAGUGACAAAAGAAGGUGUGAAACUGUGUACCAUGGGACCUGGCAAAGUAUUUGGGGAGCUAGCCAUCCUUUACAAUUGUACCCGGACAGCAACCGUCAAAACUCUCGUAAAUGUGAAACUUUGGGCUAUUGAUCGGCAAUGUUUUCAAACAAUAAUGAUGAGGACAGGCCUCAUCAAGCAUACUGAGUAUAUGGAAUUUUUAAAAAGUGUUCCAACAUUCCAGAGUCUUCCUGAAGAGAUCCUAAGUAAGCUUGCUGAUGUCCUAGAAGAGACACACUAUGAAAAUGGAGAGUACAUUAUCAGGCAAGGGGCUCGAGGGGACACUUUCUUUAUAAUCAGCAAAGGAAAGGUAAAUGUUACUCGUGAAGAUUCACCCAGUGAAGAGCCAAUCUUUCUCCGCACUUUAGGGAAAGGAGAUUGGUUUGGAGAAAAAGCACUUCAGGGGGAGGAUGUCAGAACAGCCAAUGUCAUUGCUGCUGAAGCAGUAACUUGUCUUGUCAUAGACCGAGACUCUUUCAAACAUUUGAUUGGAGGUCUGGAUGAUGUUUCCAACAAGGCCUAUGAAGAUGCAGAAGCAAAAGCAAAAUAUGAAGCUGAAGCUGCCUUCUUCGCCAACCUGAAACUGUCUGAUUUCAACAUCAUUGACACUCUUGGAGUUGGAGGUUUUGGACGAGUUGAACUGGUCCAGUUGAAAAGUGAAGAAUCCAAAACAUUUGCAAUGAAGAUACUGAAGAAACGUCACAUAGUGGACACAAGACAGCAGGAGCACAUACGCUCAGAGAAGCAGAUAAUGCAGGGGGCUCACUCAGACUUCAUUGUGAGGCUAUACAGAACAUUCAAGGACAGCAAAUAUUUAUACAUGUUGAUGGAAGCCUGUCUAGGUGGAGAGCUUUGGACAAUUCUCAGGGACAGAGGUUCAUUUGAAGAUUCUACGACCAGAUUUUAUACAGCAUGCGUGGUAGAAGCUUUUGCCUAUCUGCAUUCCAAAGGAAUAAUUUAUAGGGACCUCAAGCCAGAAAACCUCAUUCUAGAUCACCGAGGUUAUGCCAAACUGGUCGAUUUUGGCUUUGCAAAGAAAAUAGGAUUUGGAAAAAAAACAUGGACUUUUUGUGGAACUCCAGAGUAUGUAGCCCCAGAGAUCAUCCUGAACAAAGGUCAUGACAUUUCAGCAGACUACUGGUCACUGGGAAUCUUAAUGUAUGAACUCUUGACUGGCAGUCCACCUUUCUCAGGCCCAGAUCCCAUGAAGACCUAUAACAUCAUAUUAAGGGGGAUUGACAUGAUUGAAUUUCCAAAGAAGAUUGCCAAAAAUGCUGCUAAUUUAAUUAAAAAACUAUGCAGGGACAAUCCAUCAGAAAGAUUAGGGAACUUGAAAAAUGGAGUAAAAGAUAUCCAAAAGCACAAAUGGUUUGAGGGCUUUAACUGGGAAGGGUUAAGAAAAGGUACAUUGACACCUCCUAUAGUACCAAGUGUUGCAUCUCCGACGGACACAAGCAAUUUUGACAGUUUCCCUGAGGACAAUGAUGAACCGCCACCUGAUGACAACUCAGGAUGGGAUAUAGACUUUUAAUGUAUUUCUCUUACCUGCUUCUGCCUUGCUGAAGACAGCUUCCUGAGACAUGGCUGCCAGCAAAAAUGAAGGAAUUGGGGAGGAUUAGUGCUCGGGGUCACCAUGAUGCCUUGAAUGAUGCUGCUACAGUAACUACAGUGGCAUUAGGACUUAUUGUUUAGAUGACAAUAGUGCUCUUCACAUGUUUUAUGUUUGAACUUAUAAUAGCAGUUGACAUGGUGGUCCUGAAGCAAGCCUUUUCACCAGUAAAGAAAUAUGUUUUCUAUCACUGCAAUUAUCUUGCUAUGCUCUAAUUAUAAUUUGAAAGAUAAUAGUGUAAGAUACACUUAAAGCCAGUAUUUUACAGCUAGAAUUAUCAGUAGGAUCAAAUAGUAACUUAUUACGUACUAUAGUUAUCUAUGGUACAGAAUGUGGGGUACUCCCACACUUCAAAGUGAGUUUGUAGGGUCUUUUAUUGCAGGCCAGUGUGAAUACAAAAGGAGGACCACAAAACUAUAGGUCAAUGAGUUCAUGUCAAAGCAGUGCUAAAAGUUGUCCUUUUUUCAAGCAGUAUUCAUGACAAGACUGAAUGUUACCUUUCCUUUUUCUUUCUGACAGAUUUUUUAAAAUGAUACAACAAAAGCACAACUGCUACAGAUUCUGUUGAGAACUGUGGCAGGUAUGGGUCGGUUUUCACAUCAACUCAGAACAUAAUGUAACUAACAUCUUUUUUUCUUUUGGUACAAUAAAUAUUUGCAUGGAAAAAAUCAUAAUUAUUCAUUCUACAUAUUAAAAAACUGUGCUUAAAUAACGGUCCUAGAAAUAGAAUGCCAACAACCAACUGGUCUUAUUAAUUAGUAGAAAUAAAGACGGAUCUUAAAAUAACCCGUAGCUUUUAGAACCCCAGGAGGAAAAUCUCAGACCCAUAACAUACUGUAUAGGUGCUAUGUACGUCUUUCAUCUGUGAAUAUAAAUGUUCAGCAGUCAAUAAGCAUUUCAGAGAUAUGUAGCAAGAGACAUCAUCUUUAGUGAUGCUCUAAAAACAGAGAAUCCUUUAAGUCUCCACAUUUGCAUCCUCUCUGCUUUUACUCCACAGUAUUUGGGAGCCAUCACAGUGUUCUUACUUUUCCUGCUUCUUUAAAAAUAUAUCAAUACCGAGGCAGUUUGCAGAUGACCUGGCUUUAUUUUUUUAAUCGGUAUAUUUCAAAAUGUAACUAAACCAAUGUUUUCGGUUACAACACAGUAUUAUAACAAUGAAUCCUAAUACUCUGCCUGGAAUAAUGGAUGGGAUUCUGAUGGCAUACCACAUAAAUGGACAACUAAUGUGAGAGCAACACAGGUCUACUAUAUUUGUGUGAGAUCUGCUGGCACAUAUAUUUGCAGUACACAGACACUUCAGUGAUUAUCCUGAGGUGCUGCAAUGGCUACACCACAAACUGCUAUAAAAAAGAGAGGUGAAAAGGAUACUAUAGGCCUGAAUUCUUUUCUCACUUCAACUACUUUUACAUCACUGUAACUCCAGGACAUCAAUGGAGUCACUCCUGAUUUACAAUGAUGUGAGGAAAAAAAUCAAACCUCAUUUGCCAACUAAUCAGAGAUGUGUUAGACUGAAUGUAAGUUUAUCCCCUCACACUUAUAAGAGGUAUUAGUUUUCAGAACUUGCAAUAGAUUUUACCAGGGCCUCAUUACAUUAAUUGGAGCAGCAUAUGAUGCCACAUCUGAUUAUACCAUGUUAUGUAGAGCCAAAAUAUGUGACUUAAUUUGUUGUGGUCCAUCACAUUAUGUAUAUAUUGAAGCCAUUAAAAGAUCAACAUUUCCCACAUUUGGUACCAUACAGUUAUCAUGGAUAUCUCCUGUUCUAAAUUUACGGGAAGACUAUGGUAAUCUCAAACAUUGUGCGGUAACAGUGUCAGAAGAUGUUACUUUUUUGUGGUGACCACUGUACGCAUCCUAAUAUAUUAGCAUAUUAAUGGCAUACAUGAUUUUUCAAAGCAUGGGAAUCUAGGAUCUGAUCUUAGCCCCUUGAAAUCAAUAGGAGUUUCACUACUGACGUCAACAGGAGCAGGCCCCUAGUUAAGAUUUUGUGGCAUUUUUGUCUUUACCCUUAAAUACAGGAGAAGCAAAUAGUAGGGGAUUUAUCAAUAAUAGAAUGCCUACCGUGAAUACAUUUUAGCAGCUUUUUAUAUUCAUAAGGACAUACAUUGGUUUAACAGAGCAUUUUAAAGAUAACAUUGUCAAAUAAAUAGAAUAAUAAAUAUA